CCCCCUCCUCAAAAAAAUAUUGUUCCGUCCCUAAAUCUGACGACCUGAAUUUUAAUUUUCCCGCUUAUGUUGAUCUGUACGUGACCCCGCGCUUUAGAGAAAUAAAGUUUUGUGGUUACUAACGACUUCCGAUCUUAUUAUCAAAACAAACCCUCUUACAUGUAUGUUAACUGAUGGAAACAAAACGUGUGCUUAGUAAUCCGUGUUUAUUACGACGUUCCUUUCACAACAUUACUUAAUUGAUAACGGCCAAUCAAAUCGUGUUCCGUCGGUGUACGUUUCAGCGGUGUGACGUCAUUCUUCAGGGGAAACCCAUUCAGCAAAUCUGUCACGCGAAUUGCCUGAAGUUCAGACAUUUGAUGAAAAAGGGAAUCAGAUGUUCAAUGUUUGGGUACAUCGUUUCAAUUUAAUCAUUCUCUCUCGCCAGACACCUAUAAAAUCGACAACAGUUUGCUCGUUUUACAAAAAAGGAAAGAAAACACGAGAUCACAAGAAAUUAUUUCGAAAUUCAAAAUGUAGGCGAGUGGAUACACCUGUUUUUACUGCGUCAUUAAAAAAAAAAUAUUUUGAAAGGAAGACCAAGAAAGGCCUUAGCUGAUUUUAUUUAGUCGUGAAACAGCAUCUAAGAAUUUGUAUCAAAUUGAAAACAAUGAAAUCAUAGUGGUAUAAACUUUUCACGGGCGAAGUAAAAUCACUCUAAUGAAAGAAUAACAUACAUGCAAAUCACUUUUUGUAGAGAGACGGAUUUUAGCGAAUCGCAGCACGCAAUUUUUACACACAGAGAUGAUUAUGAAUGAGUGUUUUGAAAAUAGACAGUGACAGAUGACACAGGUUUUUGGUGCAUAUGUAAUGAUGCUGAUGACCGUGUCAGUAAGCAUGCAUUUUUCAAAUCACGUAUGUUACGCGCCACUAGAUUAAGAAAUGACGGUUGCUUCUAUUUUUAGCAUCCGGCUGUAUAAAAACAAAUGCGUAAUACGUUACACAAGUAAUUAAAAAAGGCUACAAAGAUUUUACAUCUGAAGGAAAGUUUCAAGUUGAACUUUGAAAAUGCAAGCAGGGAAUUCUUACUUCUUUCGCGACGCUCCAGAAAUCGCCAUUCACAGUCUGUUUGAUAAAUACGACCAUGAGAGAAAUGGCAAGCUUGAUAGGUCAGAACUGAAGGAUUUAUUAGAGGGUGACCUUGGAUUAAACCCUGAACAAGCCUGUAUUUAUAUGUUGCUGUUGGACCAAACUGGAGAACACAGUGUGUCAUUCGAAGAGUUUUUCAACUGGCUGAGAAGCGGUGAACGAUUUCAAAAUAUUAACGAUAAAUCAAGAUUUGGUAAAUUAUGCCAAGCUGUGGAGAUGUUCAAGAGUUUUGAUACAGAUGACAGCGAUACGCUGGACAAAACGCAGUUUAAAAAUCUAAUUACCGCCAUUGGAUACGCUAAUGUGGAUUCGGGAAAACUUUUUAAAGAGUUGGACAGUCACCGCAAUGGCAAACUGUCGUUCGUGGAAUUCAUGAAAUGGCUGAAUUGGGUGCCAAUUGAAAUGUAACGACAGACAGUUUAAUAAUCAGCAACUCACAGUAUUAAAUCCACAAGAAAUAUCUUUAAUACAUGCUUUUGUGAAGUAUGUUGCUCAGCCCUAGAAAUAGUUCAGGUUACACGUAAUGUAGUGAGUGUCGACGAAUGUGUGAGCUCGAAACAAACUUGAAAUUAUAUAACUAUGCGAAAUUUGCAACAUUAAUCUAUGUGAGCUAUAGAGAUACUGUUAAGAAAUUUAUCUACACGUUAUUCGGCGAAUCCGUUGAAAAUUGAAUUUUGAACUUUUAUCUGUUAAGAGAACGCUUAUUUUUCCUUUAGCAUAGAAACUUAGAUUGAUUAUAUUCUACUGAGCGCCAUGUCGUCUUCUGAAUCAAUAUUGGUAAGCCUACUUCCUGUUAUUUAUAUGAAAAGAUAAACAAACUCCACUGUGGAAACAAAAGAAUCAUAUGUAUUCGUUUUAUUGUAGUGAAGUUGUUAAACAAUGGCAAACGUGUUGUUUGUACGAAAUCGAAAAGAAACACAAUGAGGCAUGAAUAAAGAAAAUUGUGUCCCGUAUUGAAUUAAAAUGACUGGAAACUGA